AUGAAUUUUGUAGAUUCAAAAUCAAAGUUUGUUUUUUUUCACAAUAGAUAUCCUAAAGCAAAUGAUUACUUUUUAAUUACACAAACUUUGCUCAAAGCAUUAAAUAUUUCAACAACAGAUGCAAAUGCAGCUAAUGAAUGGCGAGGAGCAGUAAAACAAAAGUUCAAAAAUGAACGUCGACUUUUACAAAACACAUCUGCAGUAGUCCAGAAAAAAAAAGAAAAAUUUGGAAAAGGUUCUGGACGCUUUGCAAAAAAAAGUGAAGCACUAUCUGCUGAACGAAAAUCUGAUAAAAUGAUUUAUGUUAGUACUGUUAUGGAUGAAAGUGAUGUUGAACAAUUAAUCAUAACAAUGAACGAAGGUAUUGAAAAUGAAAUAAUACAUAACGACGAAUUAAUUACAUUAUGGAAGAAAACGUUUGGUUAUCGUCGGUCAUUCAUUCGUUCACACACGAUUAAUGAAAUACUAGAUAAAUUUCCUGGUUAUUCAUAUACACAUUUCAUAUUUGAAGAAGUCAAAAUGAUCGAAAACAUUGAUAUUGAACAGAAUGUAAAUGAAAUAUUACCACGUUUAUUCGAUAAAUUACCGAAUAAUUCAUUAUUUGUUAUGGAUUUGUUACCAAUUCGUGUAAUAAAAUUAUUAUGUAAACAAUUUAAUCAAUCCAUCAGUCAUAUAUUAGUUGAUAAUGAGCCAAUUGUUCCAUCACCCUGUAUUAAAGUUAUAAAUGAAAAAUUUCAAUUAUAUCUCGAUUGGAAAUUAAUUAUAAGAACAACAAGUCCUACAACAGCAUUAGCAUUAUUAUUAUCGUUAUAUAAUGUAUUUGCAAUUAAGUUUGCUAAAAACAAUCAUACUUCUCAUUUACUAUAUGGUGUAUUUUUUCAAAAUGGAGAUGAACUUGGUAAAAAUCUACGAAUUAUAUUAAAUUCAUGGUAUUUCACAUUCGAAGAUCGAAUAAAACAUUCUCAAAUUCAAGCAACAAACGUUAUCGAUUCUGUCAAUAUGCCAUCCACAUCGAAUUUACAGAUUCAUUCUACAUCAGCAACAACGACAGAAAUUAUUCAAUCAUCUAUAAUAUUAAACAAUAAAGAAAAUCAAUCACCUACAUCACCACAAUCAAUUCCAUUAAUACUAGACGAACAAGAAGAACAACAACCGUCUGAUAAUCCAUUAAUGCAAGAGCAUGAACCUGAACAAAUGGAUAUUGCUAUUGAGACACCAUCAAUCUCGUCCAUAUCUUCAAGAAUCAAAGCAAAAUCUAACACAAAAACAAAAUCUCGUACUUCUCCGAAUUCUCAAAAUGCAGCAUUGAGAGAUGCGACAAACAAAGAAGAAACAUCAACUGCAUUAGCCAAGAACAAAAAAAGAAAACUGCCACCAUCACCACAACAACAACAACGAAAACAAUCAUCACGUUUAAUAGCUAAAAGAAGUCGACAAGACGAUUCUUCUUUUUAA